AUGGCGUCUCCUCCAUCUUCCACCGUGAUCGAGAUGCCUCAAUCUCCACACGCCAACGCCGGCGUGCCGAUGGCUCCAACGACGCCCAAGGACGCCGGCGACGUCCCGACCAUGGCAUCCGCAGCAACUGCAGGACUAGAACCCACGGCGACGGACAAGGUCAUGUCGAGCGAAGCGAACCUCGCACAGCUCCUACCGACCGGCACGGUGCUGGCGUACCAAGCGCUGUCCCCAUCCUUCACCAACCAUGGCAAGUGCUUCUCCUCCAACCGGUGGCUCACCGCGGCGCUGGUUAUCGUCCUCACCAUCUCGUGCGUCCUCUUCACCUUCACCGACAGCGUACUCGGCCGCGACCAAAAGCUCUACUAUGGCAUCGCCACGCCGCGCGGCUUCAACGUCUUCAACUUCUCGGACGAAGAGGAGAAGCUGCAGUGGACUCCCGCUGAGUUCCGGAGGCUCCGCAUCCGGCCGCUCGAUUUCAUCCGCGCAGUCUUCACGGCCCUGGUGUUCCUCACCGUGGCUUUCAGCGACGUGGGGCUGCAGAACUGCUUCUUCCCGGACGCUGGCAUGAACACCCAGGAGCUUCUCAAGAACCUGCCUCUGGGCAUCGCGUUUCUGUCCAGUUUUGUGUUCAUGAUCUUCCCCACAAAAAGGAAGGGCAUCGGCUACAGCGACACCACUCCUCGCCAAAAGCUCACUUGAUG